AUGGCUCGUCCGAUGGAAAAAAUUGUUGACAUCAACGACACCAAAGAGUUGUGGAAAGUGGCUGUGAGAGUUGCGCAUAAGUGGAAGGUGGUCUCCAAUAACAAGGAGCACUUCGAGAUGAUCUUCCAAGAUAAAGAGGGCUGUGAUAUACACGUUGUUGUUCCCACUGCAUGCAUGGCCGCGUACAAUGAGAAGUUUGAGGUGGACCGCACCUAUACUGUGUCAAAUUUUGCGGUGCAGCCUAAUAACUUAAUUUUCAAACCAAGUUCUCAUAACUUCUUGGUGAAAUUUACUGGAGGAACUGCUGUUGGUGAUGUUGACAAACAUGACAUACCUCUCAAACCACGCCCGUUGACCAGUUUCCCUGACAUCAUUAACGGGAACUUUCAGAAGAAUCUACUCAUUGUAUCUUUGAUUGUUACUUAUCGAAUAGUUUUAAACAAUCCAUCAGAUGUUAUUGGUAUGCUCGAAAGUGUUGGGUAUCAACAGACGCAAAGUGGCGGAAAAAAAUGUCAGGCAAAUUUUCUACUGAGGGAUGCAAGCAACAACACCGUUAACUGCACUCUCUGGGAGGACUAUGCGAAACAGUUUUUUAAGUUUACCGAAGACAAAGCUGUGACAAGUGGGCCUAUUGUUGUUUUCAUUCAGUAUGCGAAAGUUAAAGAAGCUGGCCAUUACCCUCUCUCCGUUACCAACACAUUCCAUGUUACCAAGCUCCGUAUCAAUUCAGAUCUGCCGAUUGUAAAGGACUUCCUUAACAGUUUCCCAAAGGAAUCGUUGCGUGCUGUUUCCACGCAACUAACCUCUCAAUCUCAACAGUACUCCCGCACCUCGACAACGGAUAACGUUAGGCAGUCUCAUAUGCAAAAGUUGCUGAAAGGUGCGAUUUCAGUACCAAUUAGUGAGAUGAAGAAAAUCCGCGAGAGUAAAUUAUGUGCUACUGUUGCGAAAACAAAUAAACUCAUUGCGUCUUCCCACGGAUGGUACUAUCAGUGCUGCCAUGAGUGCACUAAAUCAGUUCGCGGUGACAAACCUCCAUACAAGUGUGAUAAUGGACAUUCUACUGAGGUGGAGAUCUAUAAGUAUAAGAUUGAAGUCGAAGGUUACUAUUUGCAAACUUCAUGCAAAUUCAUUUUCUGGGAUAGAGAAUGUACCGAUAUAUUACACGUCUCUGCUGCUCAUAUGCGGGAUACAAUGAUAAAGGCUGGUAUCACAGAUCCAUUAGAAUUUCCAUUAGAUCUUGAUGCUAUGUUGGACUUGGAUCUUGCAUUGAGGGUUAAAUGGCAGCCCAGCUGGGACAGCGCCUCAGUUAUAAUGUUCAUUAAGGAUGAUGAGUUUGUAAAACAAUUGAAGGCUCCUUGGGCGGAUACUCAGGUCGUGAAUUCUGAACCAUCGGUGACACCACUCCCGUUACAGAUUAAAGAGAGUGUCGAUGAAGCCAAAACUGAUGCUGCCGAUGAUUGUGACGUUCCGACGGACUUAGAGAUAACAUCGAAACACAACCCGGAGCCUCUUACUCCCACUGCAAAAAGGCAGAGUCAUGGUGGUACCAGCGAGUCGACGUCUGUAUUUGACGGUGAACUAUCUUCGACCAAAUUGAAGAAGAUCAUUAAGUUGGAGAAGACCAAGUAG